UGCGAAGAAAAAGAAGAGUGCCUCAUCGUUUACAACUACAUGUCCAAUGGUGCCCUCUCUAAGUACCUUGAUGAUCCCCUCGAUAGGGAUCCAGUCCUACAGCUGUCGUGGAAGCAAAGGUUGAAUAUCUGCAUCGGGGUGGCGAGUGCAUUACAACACCUCCACACCGGGGUUAAGCAUUCUAUUGUCCAUCGAUUUGUGAAUAGUUCCAAUAUUCUAUUGGAUGAACAGUUCGUGCCAAAGCUUUCCGACUUUGGGAGGUGCAUGACAGGCCCUCGUACUCUGUCGAAUGGAUUAAUUAGAUGGGACUCCGUGAUGGUAAAUGGUACAUACGGUUAUAUUGCUCCAGAGGCUUUCUAUGGUCAACUCACGGAAAAAUCUGAUGUCUUCUCAUUUGGAUUGGUGUUAUUGGAAGCCUUGUGUGGAAAAUCUCUGCCAGUAGAUAUUUAUAAUUCACUGAAAACGGGUGAAACUUCUCUUGAUAUGAUUGAUCCAUUUCUGACGAGACAAAUAGCUCCGGACUGUUUGAAGAAAUUUGUGGAAAUCAUCCAGAGAUGUGUUCGCCCUAGCGGAGCUGAACGGCACUCAAUGGGGGAAGUGGAGGUGGAACUAGAGAGCGCACUGCAGCUGCAGGAAAGUGCAGACGCCGUCAAACACCCCUUCUCUAUCAAUUCCUGAAAUCAAUGAUGCUUUCUCCUCUUUGGAUAUGCGUCCACGGACUCCACGCCAUCCAGUAGUUAGCUCCACUGGGUCUGCUGACUUUGAUUCAAACAGUUAUGAUCUUCCAAUACUUUCUGAUGACAAUAGCUUCGAAUUCGAAUACUCUAGCUGGUAAACAAUAAUUUAGAGACGAAAUAUAUGUAUUUGUUGAUUCAAAUGGAACUCGUGUUUCAUCAGUU